CAUACCACCGACAAGGAGGGUUCUUGGAACUCGAACAUCCCUUCCCACCUCGUACCUGUCUCCGAUAAUUCCCGCACGGCAAUCGAUCGGUACCCCCUUCUCGAGCCUUAUCGUCGAACGAGCUUAUCUUGUAGCUCCUCCUCUAUAAAAGUCCGGCAACUCACGGGGAGGGAUCGUUCAGGAAGAGCAAGGGAUGGUCGUCAGUCUACCCCAGCCCUGUGGAGGCCUGGUUGCCCCCAAGACUGCCUGCACAAUCAUAGGAUAUGCGACGGGGGUACUGGCACUUCUCACAUCGGUUGCGGGCUUCCUGAGGGUCCUGGUGGCCUCCUCUGACAGUAAGGUUGUACCAGAUCAUCAAGGGGAAAUUAAAGUCAACUAUCUAAUCUUCCUGUUUCCUGCCAUAUACUGUCUGUUCCACUUGUUUACGUGUGUGCUUCUCAUCUGGGGAUCCAAAAUCGAAAGGGCACAACUAAUCCUGCCAUGGAUCGUUACUGGAGUGGUCGACAUUCUGCUAAGCAUCGCUGGGAUGAUCGUCAUGGGCAUUGCAGCUACGAAAGGCGGGCAGCAUCUAGGCCUCGGUAGCACUAGCUGGUGUGCAGCAGCAGCUGGUAUCUGUGGGCUGCUGUUCUGUCUCAUGAUCUACUUUGUCCUAGUCGUGUUCGCUCAUUUUGAAGACCUUGUCCAGAAACCUCAUACAAAUGUCUUCCGAAGAAAAAGCAGCACAACACCACACCUGCACAUCCUCAACGGCAGCGUCGAAAGCGUUCCAAAUGCUCAUGCCGGCUACGACCAUUCAUUCAAGAUCUGAAUCUCAUACUCUGUAUUAUAUUGUGUACAUAAACCCGUUCAUAUCAUCAG